AUUUGGCCAUGCAGUUUCUGGGUGCUGAGCCAAACUAUGGAGGCUUCCCCAAUUUUGCGUAUGGAAAUCAGGGGUAUAGCCAAGCCGGCUUGGCGGCGCCAGGUGCUCAAGCUGCUCCGGCGGCUCCGUUCAACGGCCGGAAAGAUGGGAAGAAUGGAAAAUCCAAAGGGAAGGGCAGCUCCAAAGGCGCUAACGGAAAUGGACAUUGGGCUGCCGCAACCAGCGAGGAGGCUCUUUCGGGCUUUGACGCCAUGUCAGCAGCAGCCUCCAGCUAUGUGAAGAAAGCGCCCAAGCAGGUGAAGGCCCCUGCUGAGAUGAACGUGCCGAACUAUGAGGAGAAGAAUCCUUACCGCUUGAAGAACCACAUCCGCGCCUGGUAUACCGAUGGUUCCAGCAAGGAUGUGCCGCAACCAUACACCAGCUAUCCAGAGGCCAACCUUCCGCGGCCUUUGUUGGAUGCCUUCAAAAAGGCUGGCUUCCAAGCACCAACGCCGAUUCAGGCGCAGGUGUGGCCCAUCUUAGAUCAAGGUUGGGAUGUGAUUGGCAUCGCCAAGACGGGUUCCGGCAAGACGUUGGGUUUCCUGGUCCCCGCGUAUCGCUGGAUGUGGUCCAGCCCCUCCAGUGGAGUUCGGACCUUGAUCUUGGCGCCCACCCGAGAGCUGGCCACCCAGAUCCAUGAUGAGGCCACAAAGUUUGCCUCAGCUUCAGGGUGUUCCUCUGCCUGCGUCUAUGGUGGUCAACCCAAGAGGGAACAGCUACCAGCAGUGCGAGCUGGAGCUCCCAUUCUGGUUGCUACCCCUGGAAGGCUCAAUGACUUCUUAGAGUACAAGGACAUCAACCUUGGUGCUGUUGGCUAUUUGGUGUUCGAUGAAGCUGACCGGAUGCUGGACAUGGGUUUCGAACCUCAAAUCCGAGACAUCAUGAAGAAGGUGCCCAAAAAUCGACAGACGCUGAUGUUCAGCGCGACAUGGCCUGAGGAGGUUCAACAACUGGCGCAUGACUUCUUGAACAUGCCCAUCCAUGUGCAAGUGGGCAAUACAUCCAGUUUAUCCGCCAAUGAAGACAUUUCGCAGGAGGUUUGGAUGCUGACCUCCGCAGAUGAUAAAGAUGCUGCUUUGGUGGAAGCUCUUCAACUCUAUGGUGGGCCGGGCCAGAGGAUUCUGGUUUUCGUCGCCAUGAAGAAGCAAUGCGAUAUGAUCAUGCGAAUGCUUCGCAAGUACAGUAUCGCUGCCAACACCAUGCACAGUGACAAGGACCAGGCUCAGCGAGAGGAAGCUCUACAACAGUUCAAAUCCGGUGAGACGAGCGUGCUGAUUGCCACCGAUGUGGCAGCACGUGGUCUGGACAUCAAAGGAGUGACCAUGGUGGUCAACUAUGACAGUGCCAACAGCGCAGAAGAUCAUGUCCAUCGGAUCGGGAGAACUGGUCGCGCGGGUCAGAAAGGCUACAGCAUGACGUUCCUCACGAAAUCAGGUGAAGAUGCUUGGAAAGCCAUUGACAUCGCGGAAGUCAUGAAGAAAGCGGGUUCACCCGUACCUCCAGAGAUGCAGCAGGUGGUCCAUCAAAUGCUUUGGAGACGCCAGAAGUCGCAGCAAAACGACAAUCGCUGGGACCAUCUGCCAAAGGUGCUGAUGGUAGCAGAAAAACCAUCCGUCGCGAAGCUCAUCGCAGAGUUUCUCUCCGGUGGUCGGAUGCGAUUCCGCAAAGGUCAGAGCAGAGCUGUUCAGAUCUACGAGUUUAAUGCCUACUUUCCACCAGCUCAUCAACAGUGCCGCAUCAUGCAGACCUCCACCAUUGGGCACGUCUUCGGAUUGGAUUUCAAAGACAACCGACCCAAAGACAUCGCGGAAUUGUUCCACGAUCCCUGCAAGAAGACCAUCGAGGAUAGCACUGCCAAGAAUCGGAUUGUUGAGCACUUCCAGGAGUUGGCCGCAGAAGCCGAUUAUUUGGCCCUGUGGUUGGAUUGCGAUAAAGAGGGCGAGAACAUCUGCUUUGAGGUGAUUUCAUUGUGCGAGAACAUCCAGAGAGAGAACAUCUACAGGGCUCAAUUUUCCGCUCUCACUGAACCGGAGCUGAAGGGAGCCUUCAACAACCUGGGGCGCCCUGAUAAGCUCCAAGCCCAAUCAGUGGAUGCACGACAGGAGCUGGACCUGAAGAUCGGAUGCAUCUUCACUCGCUUGAUGACGCGACAGUACUUACGCUACGCCGUGGACAAGUUCCGGCUGCGGGAUCAGACCUGCCUAUCCUAUGGACCCUGUCAGACACCGACCCUCUGGUUUUGCGUGGAACGACACAAGGAGAUCCAAAACUUCCAGAGGCAGGAGUUCUUCAAACCAAAGGCCUCCAUUACUUUGGAGGGUUGGCCACUGGAGUUCGAUUGGUUGGAGGACCACACCUUCGAUGCAGGUCGAAUUCAGACCCUACAAGCACGUGCUGGUGCGGCGAAACAAGCCACGGUGAAAGAAUUGAGGACAACGCCCAAGACUUUGAGAAAGCCCGUUGGUUUGAACACUGUGCAGUUGCUGAAAGCUGCAAGCACCGGAUUGGGUAUGUCGCCCGUGCAGUGCAUGAAAGUGGCUGAGCACUUGUACACAUCUGGCUACAUCUCGUACCCAAGAACAGAGACUACCAGGUAUUCCGAUACUUUCGAUCUCCACUCUGCUUUGCGCGAGCAGGCGGACCACCCCGCCUGGGGGAAGACGGUGAGUCAUCUCUUGAGACAAGGGCAGAUUCGAAAUCCAAAGACGGGCCGUGAUGUGGGCGAUCACCCUCCGAUCACUCCAAUGAAGGCGGCUCCAAGAGACGAAUUCAGCAAGGGCUCGGAAUGGCGCUUGUACGAUUACAUCACUCGCCACUUCAUCUCCUCCUUGAUGCCGGAUGUGGAGUACGAUGAGAAGGCCCUCAUCGUGAACGUGGCCGGGGAGGACUUUUGUUAUACCUUCCAUGAGAUGCGAGAGAGGGGCUUCCUCUUCGCUAUGCCUUGGAAAUCUAAAGACCUCCACCUCAACGAGAUCGAUUGGGCCAUGCCACGGCUUGCCCCUGGCAGUCGCUUAACGGUCCAGGAGGUCUGGGUCGAAAGCGAUUUUACAAAGCCACCGGAUUAUCUGAAAGAAAGUGAGCUGGUGGCAUUGAUGGACAAACAUGGCAUUGGCACUGAUGCAUCUAUUCCACAACACGUGGAAAACAUUUGCAACCGGAACUACGUCAUGGUUUGUGGACCAGGGGAAGACGGACAAAGAGGGGAGCGUAUCCCCAAGGGAGGAAAGAAAGGCAAAGGAAAGGGCAAAAACAAAGAUGGCAAGACGCAGGGUGAAAAGCCUCAGUCUCGUCACAUGGUUCCAACCCCUUUGGGCCUCAGUUUCUGCGCCGCUUUCGAAGAGUUGGAUGCGGAGCUGUGCCGGCCACCCAUCCGAGCCUACAUGGAGAAGCAAUGCGCCCAAGUGGCGGAGGGCAUCCUGGAGAAAGAAGAUGUGGUGAAUGAAAACAUCAAGCUCUUUGAGACCAAGUUUCAUAGCUUCAGGAACCGCAUCGCCCAGCUCGACAAGUUUUUCGUCUCCAAGGACCAGUUGGCCAAUACCAUGGGAUACCGUGGAGCUGGAGCUGAUUGGGGUGGAGGUGGUGGUGGAUGGAACAGUGGCUGGGAUGGAUACGGAAAGGGAAACAGCGGCUACGGCAAUGGAAGUGGAAAGGGUGGCUAUGGCAGCGGAAACCGAACGUGGAAAAAUGGCAAGGGAAAUUAGCGAAAUUCAUCGAACUUCCCCCCAAAAAAAAGGGGAAUGAGUCGAGCCUGGAAAUUCUGUGUGCACAUUGGAGUCAAAAACCGGCUCCAGCAAACCAGAUCUGUGCAGUCUUCAUUGGCU